AUGGCUGGACUAGUCAGACACCCUCAGAGAUUUACUCAUGAACAGUGGACAUAUAGCAACAACCUAAAAUAUCGUAGCGCAGAGAAAGAAAGGGAAAUAUCACAAGGACUUCAAAAUGAAUGUGAUAGGUUCAUUGAAGAGACUGCUAAACGAACUGAAAAAACACUGAAAGAUGUAGAAAAGAAAUUUGAUCAGAGAAUAAAAGACAUUCAGUACUGGAAGUCUGAAGUUAACAAAAAGUUGCAAGAUGUAACAGAGGAAACUGAAAUAUUAGACGAAUAUUUUAUCAGAUUGAAAAAAACCCUUGAGGCUACAGGAGAACCUCUUCACAUUGCUCAACAGUGUUUGUUAAGUCGGUGA